UUUUCCAUGGUUGAUUGAUGUUAAUGGUUUCACAAUUGAAUGACCGUGUCGAUUUGACGAUUUAACUCAAAGCUAUUGUUAACACCGAGCCACGCCCGGCCACCACAGGAAGCUCAAAAGAAAUGGCGAAGAAUGCUAAGAAGUCCCAAGUUUCUCCCUCGUCUCGAGCGUCUGCCUCUGCUACGGUCCCCAAGAGAGCAUCCGAUGAUCAGAUGGCAUUGAGAACAAAAUCAAGCGAGGGGAUGAAGAGGUCGGCAAGGCUGAGCAAAGUUAGCGUGGAGAGGAGACCCAAGUCGGCAAAAAAGAUCAAAACAAAACAUAAGAAGAAAAAUGAUAAAUAUGAUACUAAUAAGCCAAAGAAACCGCCAACGGCUUUCUUCUACUUCUUGGAAGAUUUUCGUAAGGAUUUUCAAGAGCAGAACCCAAAUGUCAAGUCAAUGCGUGAUAUUGGCAAGGCAUGUGGAGAGAAGUGGAAAACAAUGACAUAUGAGGAAAAAGUUCAGUAUUAUGACAUAGCUACUGUUAAACGAGCGGAGUUUGAUAAAGCCAUGGCAGAUUACAUAAAGAAACUGGAAAGCGGUGAGGAUAUAGAAAGUGAGGAUUCAGACUCAGAGCUGGAUUAGUAGGACUGUAGGUUUGUUGUCGGAAAAGUAAUGUUUCUACAAGGGUAAAUGGUACUUUGGACAACAGUUGGAUAUUUGAUCUCUGAAUAGCUUUGUGAUUUGUUGUUGCCAUUAAAGGUAUCAAUUUUUGUGUAAAUUAAGGCUUACAUUUGCAUUUUAUGAUUACAAAAUUUGACAGU